CACGUGAUACUAUUUUAUUGGUAUGAACAACUUAGGCCUAGCUACCAAUAAAACCUUGUACCCACGUGAUACUAUUUCUCUCCGGAAAAAUAUCAUCAGCAAACUAGCAACUCGAAAGAGCUCCUUGCUUUCUGCGUAUUUACCACAAAGCACACAUUACAAACGGCCAAGAUGAAGACCAGCGUGCCAGGCCAGAGACCCAAAAACCUAUUCAAUUCAAGCAGCAGCUACAGUAGUAGUAGUAGUAAUCUCACAAUGUGGUGGCCGUCUGUAGUAGUACUUGUUCAUAUAUUGCUCUUGAUCUCCAACUCGGUUGAGUCGCAGUCCAUCAUCGACACUCUUCCAGGUUUCCCCGGCAAGCUUCCCUUCAAACUCGAAACUGGGUACAUUGGCGUUGGAGAGUUAGACGAGGUGCAGCUAUUUUACUACUUCAUCGAGUCUGAAAGGAGUCCUAAGGAUGAUCUUCUGGUGCUCUGGCUCACCGGUGGUCCCGGUUGUUCUGGUCUUUCUGGCCUCAUAUAUGAAAUUGGUCCUUUGUCUUUCAACUACGCAAAUUCCAGUGGGAAUAAACCAACAUUCGAGUUGAAUCCGUACUCAUGGACAAAAGUUGCCAACAUAAUAUUUUUGGAUGCGCCGGUUGGCACUGGAUUUUCAUAUGCAAAAAGUUGGGAACUAUACAACAGUAGUGACACAUCAUCUACAGCACAAACUUAUGAAUUUCUGAGAAAGUGGCUCGUGACUCAUUCCAACUUUCUCUCAAACCCACUCUAUAUUGCUGGUGAUUCUUAUUCAGGCAUCACUAUUCCCAUCAUUGUUCAAGAUAUAUCAAAUGGAAACGAAAUUGGGCAUCGGCCACCAAUGAAUCUCAAAGGCUAUGUGCUGGGCAACCCAUUUACGGAUGUGAUUUUCGACCUGAAUUCAAGAAUUAAAUUUGCCCACCGAACAGCACUUAUAUCCGACAAACUUUAUCAGUCGACUAAAACAAGCUGCAAAGGCGAAUAUAUGCGUCCAGAUCCAAACAACACAAAAUGCAUGGAAGAUCUUCAAAUAGUUGAUGAGUGCAUCGCCAAAAUAUAUACUCCCCACAUAUUGGAACCAAAGUGCGCUGCAUACUCCCCAAAGCCAAAUAAGCUUUGGAAUUGGAGCCCACUCGGUGACGAUUUCUUUGAAAUACUCACUUCAACACCUCAAGUUCCUGGACCAUGGUGUCGGAACUAUGACUAUCUGUACUCCUACAUUUGGGCAAAUGAUAAAACGGUGCGGAAUGCUCUUCACGUCCGAGACGGAACAAUAACAGACUGGGACAGAUGUAAUAAGAGCCUAAUAUAUGCACAUAAUAUCAUAACUAGUAUUGAUUACCAGCAGAACCUCACCAAGAAAGACCUCCGAGCUCUGGUUUACGGCGGCGAUCACGACCUGACGAUCCCGUAUGUGGGCACACAAGAAUGGAUAGAAUCACUGGACUUGUCUAUAAAGGAUAACUGGAGACCUUGGUUUGUCGAUGGUCAAAUUGCAGGCUAUGUCACGAUCUAUACAGAGAAAAAGUACAGUUUGACAUUCACAACUAUAAAGGGUGGGGGUCACACUGCACCAGAGUACAAGCCUAAGGAAUGUCUCGCCAUGAUUGAUAGAUGGUUUUCUUACUACUUCCUAUAGCACGGAUUAUCAAAUAGCUCAUUCUCAUUCCAGUUAGCUCGUUUUUAUUGAUGUAAUAGUUGGAGAACCUACAAGUAGCAAGUGUUUUGUCAAUAAAUGGCUAGCUGUACUGUAACAGGCUCUAGAUCUACAAUGUUCUAUUGAAGGUGAAUCAGUUAAGAUCCAUCUGCAUGCAUAAACAGAGAAAGCACCUUCGUAUUAAGACCGCCUUGUUGUUCCA